AUGUAAACUUACCGAAAAAUUUUUCCAUGCGACCUAAAUAGCAAGCACCGUCACAUGUGGCCAAAUAUUCAUUCGCAAUCGGUGCACUGAACUGUGGUCGUUCACCGAAAUUUGGAAUAUCAUCCUUGGACGACCAAAACACCAAAUAAUUUUGAUUGCUAUUUUUUCCGUUGUUCCAUAGACGGGCUCGAAAAAUGUCUUGUACCCAUUCGACAUCGAUUGCCACACGUUUUUUCGGGUCAACCAACCAAACCACAACGUACGGCAUUUUUCUCGUAUUGUGUUUACGAAAAAAAUUAAUAAAACUUGAAACAAUCGAAAUUAAAUAUAAACUGAAGUGAUGAAAUGUUUUCGAAUUUUUCGUGAGACUUAUAUUCUUCAGUAACAAGAGCUACAAACAGAGUGUAUGUUGGCGCGAACGAACAAGUGUAUGAAAUGUGAUCGAGUGGAAAUUCACUUGACAAAUGACAAACGCUGCAUCGAAAUGUGCGUUGUUUGUUUUACUGAAUUUUGACAGCUCAUUAUCCCGCGCGGAAAAACAAAAAAGUCAGUUUAAAAACAUUCUCAACCAAAUCAAAGACGGUUCAUUUUCCCGCUCGAUUACUUUGACAGAGCCACUUAUACUUUGAGAUGUAGUUAGGUUUUUUGGAUUCCACAUAAUUUAUAGCUAAAAUGGAACAGGAACAGGAACAGAAUCAGAUUAAAUCAAUAACAUCACGUGCCCGUGAAUAUUUUGUACACAAGGAAACCAAUUCAACUGAGAAAGGCAAACAAGUAAUUUACGCGUGUUCAUUAUGCAACAAACUUAUAAACGGAACAAAACCAUCAAAUCUCAUAUCACAUAUGAAGUGUGUGCAUAACGAUAUUUAUAAAACAAAAAUCGAAAUCAAAGGGACAAGCUAUGCCGUAAAAUGUUUGGAACUACUGCAAAAUUGUGUUGAAAAGGUGACAAUAAACAAGGAACCGUUCCGAAAUAUUCUCAAAUCUGCAUUCCAAAAAUUAAUUGCGAAAAAAGUGUGUAAAUUGAAUGCCGCUGGUCAUGCGUUGAAUUUAUCAAACAAAAAUUUACCUGAUGUUAAAAGCCAUCUAAAAGCAACAGCGAAUAAAAUUCGAGACCGCAUCUCAUCGGAAGUUAAAGGUCGAAUGAUAUCGGUUAUGGUUGAUAUUGCUUCAAAACACAGCCUCUCUGUACUUGGUAUCAGCAUUCAGUACAUCAAAGAUGGGAGCCAUGUGAUUCGAACCAUCGGUUUAAUCGAAUUGAAGGAAAGACAUACAGCCGAUUACAUUGCCGAUUUGAUACAUUCUUGUUUAUUAAGCUAUCAAGUGGAAAUCAGCCAAAUUGUUUCAUUGACUACAGAUAAUGCAGCAAACAUGGGUGCGACCGUGAAACGAUUGAACGAAAUUUUCGAGCAGUCUGAAGAUGAAGACGAAUCAUGUGAAACGGAGGAAUUUAUUCCAGAUAAUUUGAAUGUGAUUCAUAUAUCUGAUGAAUGUUAUGAAGAAGAGCUCUAUGAAGUGCUUCACGAAUCGGAUGAUGCCGAUAAAGAACUGUUGAAUGACCUUAUUGACGACAGCGAUGAACAUACCGAUUUACUCAAUCAAUUAGUUUCGGAUUUCAAACGAAAGUAUACAACCUCGUUAAUUUACGUUAAUGGUGUAAGCUGUGCCGCGCACACUCUACAGCUGGCUGUAAAGGAAGCAAUUAACUCAUUGAAUGAUGGUGGCAGAAAUUUUUUGGCAUUGUGUCGGGCAAUUGGCAAGUUUAUUCGUUUGCCGAAUACAAAAUGCAUUAUCGUUGGCCAAGCAAAUCUGAAAUAUAAGUGGGUGAGGCCAGAUGUUACCACUCGCUGGAGCUCAACGUAUUUAAUGUUGGCUGACCUUUUGGAAUGCGAAAACGUUGUUACAUUUUUUGCGAAGAGUGAAAAACAAUUUGCUUUGUUGUUGAAAAAGUGGGAUGUUCUACGAGAACUUGUCGAUGUUUUAGCUGUUCCGUACAACGCAACUAUUGCACUGCAACAACCCCAUUAUACACUAUCUGAUUUUUAUGGAAAAUGGAUCCUUAUGUCGAUAAAGCUGAUUAAAUUCACAAAAGAAGAGAUCCGUCACACAGAAAUCGCAAGCAAACUGCUGAAAACAUUAGAAAAGCGAAAAGGCCAAUUGUUGGACAAUCCAGCUAUGAUUUGUGCUGUGAUUUUGGAUCCUCGCUAUAGCAGUGAAAUCGAUCACGCCGAAAAAAUUCGUUUGGCAAAACUCACUCUAUCAAAUUUGUGGGAAAGAUACAAUUUGAAAAUGACUGUGUCUGAGGAACAUGAGCACAAUGAAAACGAUCGAGAGGUAGAAGGCGGCGAUGGCGAGGAUGAUAUAAGCCUAUUGAAUUCAUAUUUCGCACAAAAAGGUUUACGGCAAUCGGUUUUGGAACCGAAACCAAAUCGUGAUGCUUCGAAAAGGAAUAUUGACAUUGGAAUGCUUUUGGACAAAUUCCUUAACGACAUAGCUGGUAGUUUUCUGCGAUGUGACCAGUCUGUAAUGAAAUUUUGGCAAGCCAAACAAAACGACUAUCCCGAAUUAUUCGAGCUGAGCAUGGUGUUGAACGGUAUUCCGCCAACACAAGCGACCGUUGAAAGAUUGUUUUCAAUAUUUGGCUUUCUGUACAAUAGCUGGCGAAACCAACUGUCACCAGAACUGCUUGAAGAUAUGAUUUUAAUAAUCACCAAUGAAGAUCUGUUUAAAAUUAUAAAUAAAGAAGAUAAGGAGGCCGUCCAUAGUGGUAUUAAUUAGAUUGCAAAAACACA